ACUAACUCGUUUGUAAGAAGGAAAAUCCACAAAAGCAUAGACAUUCACUUUUCUGUAGUGCCCUUCUUUUUUGUCAUUAUUCAAUAAAAUUUUUAAAAAUAUCAGUUUUUUUCCAAUGAUUUUCAUAAUUGAUCAAAACAAAUUCAUUGUCUCUGGGCGCUAUCUAAUAGUUUUUCAUUCACCUUGGCAUUAAAUGAAUGAAUUAAUAUAAAUCAGCAUCGGUCACUAACGUUGUCAAUCAGAUCAUAUUUUCGGUGCAACGAAACUUCAAACAACAUGGUAAAUUGAAUUGUUGAUCGAAAGACACAUCAGAGUAAUCGCAUCGAAUGUAAAAUUAACUAAUGAUACCUUAUCCUUUUCUGUAGAAUGAUGAGCAUUUGUUCGAUUCAAUGAAAUUUGUCCAAUUGAUUCAAUUAUCGAAACGUUAGAUUUUUUAAAUUCACCAGGGGUGUGGGUAUCGGCGAGCGAUUGAAUAAGUAUCUACUCUCCACAAUAAUACGCACAUGCACACCCACACCCUUUUCAUUAUGAUUGGAUUAUUGUUUUAGGUGGAACAAAUGAUUUAACUUAUAAACCAUCAGCUGAAAAUAUAUUUAAUCAUGAUAGUGCUUAUGAUAAACAAAGAAAAAAUUUAAAUGAUAUAAUUAGAAAUUAUGGUAAAAAUUAUCAUGAUCAAAAUCGAAUAUGUCUUAUUGAUAUUGAUAAACAUAUUAAUUAUCAUUCUAUGAAUGAUAUUCAAGAAAUUUUUAAUAAAAUACAUCAACAAUCAUGA